AUGCAGUGGAAAACUGAAGCAACAAGUUCUCAAUAUCUCAUACAAGUAACCACUAGAAGUAUUCUCUUAUUGAGUUUCGACUCUGGCUACAUUUCUAUCACAGAAUAUAUCUCAGCUAUAAUCAAAACGGAAAACAAAAUAAAAAGUUUCAACGGCCAGGGGAAUCUUACGGAAUUUGUGACUAAGGUAGAAUUACAUUCAGCCCUGAAAGGAUUUACAGGAGAGAAAAAAGCUCAGAAUUUUGCAAGCAGAUUAGAGGGGCCUGCCUUCGAUGUUUACCUUCGUUUAUCUGCAGAAGAACGAAAAGAUUUCGAUCAAAUAAAGGGGGAGCUUCUCAAAGAAUUUGAGAAAGGCCAAUUAAAUCGUGAAGAAGCAAUCUUUGAACUGUCUAAUAGAAAUCGUCUACAAGGUGAGUCUGCUCUAACAUACUCCUACAAAAUAAUGGAAUUGAUUAAACUGGCCUACCCAGGCUUUGACGACUCAGCUCGCGCAAUUCUAGCUAAGGAUUAUUUUGUUCGUGGACUCCACCCUGACAUGCGUUCUGCCUUGAAGGCCAUGGAAAAAUUCCAAUCAUGUGAUGUUAAAGCCCUAGCAGCGGAAACCGUACGCUUAGAAUUAGCUGGUGUUAAGUCAAACAUGACAAUUGCAAAAUGCCAUUCAGCUAAUGCAAUUAGUAUUGACAGUGGCGAUGAACAAAUACAUCCCACGGUUAUUGAUAAAAUAGCUGAUAAAGUUGUUGAAAAAUUGAAUGCGAUGACAACGGAUGAUCAAUCCGGGGGUAACAAUUCAUCAGCGAGUGGCAACGCCAGUGUCCGGUUAUGUGAGGACACCACUAUCCCUGCUCGUUCAGAAAAGGUUCUCUCAGUGGAGUCUACCACCGAUAACUUUAUGUUGACUGGAGACUUUGAACCAAAUCGACUGCCAAAGUCACGUGGCUUAUAUAUUACUAGAUCUCGCGUUGUACCCAACAUUGAUGGCAUAUUUUGUAUUACUGCAUUGAAUGUCUCAUCGUGUGAUGUGGUUCUUAAAUCUCAAACUACGAUGGGUACCUUACAACCAGCCGGAGAGACUAUUUCCUCAGCCAACAUAGAAAGCAGGGCCUCCAGUUUUAAAAUUGAUGAUGUUGACAUAAACUCAAAACUGUCUGCCCAGGAAAAGUCACAACUUGAACAAUUGCUAAUGGAUUACCAAGAUGUUUUUGCUGCUAACACAAAAAAGCCUCAACAAACACCACUCGUUAAACAUCGAAUUAUUACUAAUGAUGCUUUACCCGUCAACCGCAAACAACAUAGAGUUCCGGUUGCUUGGCAAGAUGAUUUGAAGCAACAAGUUUCCGAAAUGCUGUCCAAUGGAAUUAUUCGUCCGUCAGCCUCGCCAUGGAAUGCUCCGGUGUUGUUAGUGAAGAAGAAAGAUAACAGUAUUCGGUUCGUAUGCGAUUUUCGUGGCGUAAACGAUGUUACAAAAAGGGACACUUAUCCCUUACCUCACAUCAAGGACGUCAUCGACAAAAUGGCAGGAGCCCGAUAUUGGUCUACAUUAGAUGCAGCAUCUGCUUAUUGGUCUAUUCCGUUAGUGGAAAGCGAUUAA